GGGAGGCGGCCAAGCGGUAGCGGUAGCAACGGAGGAGCCGGCAGCGUGCGCAGCCCCGCGUGGCUGUAGCGACCGGGCUCCUUCCCGCUGCGCUUGCYGGCUCUCGCCCGCCUCCCUGUCAGUGUUACCGCCCCCGGCCUGUGAGCAACAUGAGAGUAGUGGCUUUGAUCAGCGGUGGGAAGGACAGUUGUUAUAAUAUGAUGCAGUGUGUUGCUGCUGGGCAUCAGAUUGUUGCUCUAGCCAAUUUAAGACCUGCUGAAAAUACAGGGCAGACUGAUGAAUUGGACAGCUAUAUGUAUCAGACAGUAGGACACCAUGCCAUUGACCUAUAUGCUGAUGCAAUGGAUUUGCCCCUGUAUCGUGGUUUUAUAAAAGGUACCAGUGUAAAUACSGGAAGAGUGUAUACUGCAUGCCAGGAAGAUGAGGUUGAAGACCUUUACCAGCUCAUGAAACUUGUUAAGGACAAAGAAGGAGUGGAGGGUGUAUCCGUGGGAGCCAUUCUUUCYGACUACCAGAGAGUUCGAGUUGAAGAUGUGUGCAGAAGGCUUAAUCUUCAGCCUUUAGCUUACCUCUGGCAUUGGAACCAGGAAACAUUGCUUAAAGAAAUUAUAUCAUCUAACAUUCAAGCCAUAAUCAUAAAAGUUGCAGCUUUUGGUUUAGAUCCAGAUAAGCAUCUAGGAAAAACUCUAGGUGAAAUGGAACCUAUUCUUUUGGAGCUCUCUGAGAAAUAUGGAGUCCAUGUUUGUGGAGAAGGAGGAGAAUAUGAAACAUUCACUCUGGACUGCCCUCUGUUUAAGAAGAAAAUAGUUGUAGAUUCAGCCAAGGUGGUCGUGCAUUCAGCUGAUGCAUUUGCACCUGUGGCCUACCUUCAUUUUUUAAAAUUACACCUGGAGAAUAAGGAGGAAGAAUCUUCAGGUACUUUUGUGGUCAGUAGCUGUUCCUGUGAGAGAAGCUGCACUGAUGAUGAUAUUUUCCGAUCAUACUCAGAAGAGCAUGAACCACAGAAGAAUAUUCCAGUCCUCUGGAAGACUUUGAAACAUAACUCUUUGGAUUUCACUAAGACGUUUGAAAAUUCAGGAAAAUCCCUGAGUGGUUACCAGUGGUUUUCAGGUAUCACUGCCCACUUCCUCCCAUCAACGGAUAAAAAUGCUCAAGAUGCAGCACGGGAAGCAUUUUCUUCUCUCAGAGCUAAUUUGACUUCAGAGGGAUUGAAACUGAAAGAUAUUAUUUUGGUUCAUCUAUAUAUGAAGAGCAUGAAAGAUUUCAGUGUUAUAAACUCAGUUUAUGUGACAGAAUUUGAUUUGUGUCCACCAGCAAGAGUAUGUGUGGAAACGCUUUUACCUGAUGGAGUGCUGUUUUGCAUUGACUGCCUUGCGCAUAAGUAUGACAUUGCGACAGAUGAUGURGUACAUGAUGAAAAGCUGGUCAUGCAUGUACAGAGCAUUUCCCACUGGGCACCUGCCAGCAUAGGACCUUACAGUCAGUCCAUCAAGGUUGGCAGUGUUCUCUACUGUGCUGGACAGAUUGCUCUGGUACCUUGCACAAUGCAGCUUGUUGGCGGUGGCGUUUGCACAGAGGCCGGAGUUUCCCUCCGGCACGUUGAGCGAGUCCUUCAAGCUAUGAGCCAGAAGACUGCACUGCACCACGUCAUCACAGCCAGCUGCUACGUAACUGACAGCAAGAGCAUUCCUAUUGCUCGCUCCAUAUGGCAGAAGAAAUUAAGAGAAUGUCAAAAGGUUGAAGAUUCAGAGAUGUAUCAUGAUGAAACUUCAGUAUGUGGGUUGCUUGCUGUGGUUGUAAUAUCUCACCUACCCAGAGAUGCUGCCAUUGAAUGGCAUGUUGUUGCAGUAGUUGAUGAUCCACUCCAAAGAAAACAUUUUGCAAUGAAGAUGUUGUCAGAGGGCUUCCAAAUUGAGUGUGAAUSUGUGGAGUCUUGUUCUGUAUCUUGUGCAUCAAUCUCAUUACGCCUGAGCUUGAUUUCACCAUCCACUUCUCACCUUGAUUUAGACGGGCYUCUUCAUGACUUAGUUGCUAUGUUUAAACAAGCUGUUGACAAACUUUCAGAAGACUGCAGUGCAAGUCCUUUGUCCUUUAGAACUUUCUUCAAGGAGCAUGUCUUUGAUGCUGAAACACUGCAAAAAGGACUGCAAGGAUACCUUGAAAAAUAUUUGGAAGAGAAGACCCCAGCUCUGAUUUUAGUACCUGUGGUGGAUUUACCUGGCAAAGAUGUUAUUCAUAUAACAUGCUGGCUAAGCUAGCAGUUUGUAGGACAUGAGCUGAUAUCAAAACACACAUACAUUCCAUUCAGGAGAGAACAAAGAAAAGAGSCAAUACUAACUGUUGGAUACUUUCAUGAAGCAAUAUUGUUUGGUUUAAGCAAAGUCGUAUUAUCUUGUUAAUGAGGUCUCGUGAUAUGUGAUAGAGUCAAGUUUGUAUGAAGAAUUAAGAUUUCUUUUAAAAAUAAUGUAUUUUUUUCGGACUUAUUUUUAGAUGUCUGCAUGUAGUAGCAGGUAACUCUUGGGAGAUGCAGUUGCUCUGAUUGCAUUGGUUCUUUAAAAUAUUUAGGUCUGGUUACAAUAUACCACUUAUAACUUCAGAUCAUUUGGAUGGAGGGGAAACUAGAACAUUAUCUCCAAUAUGGUUUUAAGGCCUGAAUUCCUAGGUUGAAUUUACUCACUUCAGGCCAGCUCAUGAAAACCUUAUUUGUGGCCAGAUUUUAACUAUUUUCUAGCACCAGGGAAGAAUUAUUCAGAGUAGUAUUUAGGAUGGCCAUUUACUGAAACAGAUGAUGGAAAUGAUGGCCAGACAGUAGGAUUUGCCAUCCUGCUUCCUGAGCUAGGGGCAUAUUUUUAUUUUAUAUCUGGUUAGACAGCUCUUAUUAAAGAGUCACCAACAUUCAGGUAGCUACCAGCUACCAGUAUUCAGACCUACCAUAGACCUAGGGCUUCGGUUUUCUCCAGGAAAUCAACAGGACUUUUACCACUGCUUUCACUAAAACAGGCUCAGACACACAUGUGAAGCUCCUACCAAUUUCAAUGCCACUGAUAUUUUACUUAUUACAUGAUGUCACUUUAGAAAAGAAAGCCUUUUGGACUUUGCUUGAGGCAUUAAGGCACUGUGGAAAAAUCAUACUUUCAGACAAAGGCUWUGAAAUUAAACCUUCCAGAAUGAGUAUCAAACCUUUGCAUUGCCUAUAUUCUACRUAUAUCUAUAUAUCUAUAUAUUCUCAUGGCUUCCUUCCAGUGUAUGAGCACUGGAGCUAAGUGACCAGCACUCCAGUUACCCUUCUCUUCCACCAGCAUAUAUCUGAGAUGCCUUCAAAAAAGUCAUCUGCAUGGCAGGAGCUUUACUUUGAGGUGACUAAGAGGUGGACUUAGCACUGCAGAGCUGCCAUCUUCUCUAGUAUGAAUUUUUUCACAGGUCUUUAAAUAUUUUUGAAAGGCAAGGCAAAGAGGUUUUUAUAUAACAGUGUAUAAAUAUAUGCUUGUAUUAAAUUUCUGGAGAAAAAAGGGAUGAAUCUGUUAACAAUACAUUAGUUGAUUAGUAUUCAGGAUCAUUUUUACAUUCGACUUACACAUAUUUGAUCCUUGCUCUUUCCCACGAUCAGAAAAGGAAUUGUUAAUACCUGGAUGUGCCUGGUUUAUUUGAAUUCUACUCUUUUGGAAGGUUAAAUAAUUCUCUCACUACUCCCUGGAAAUACCAGUACUUUAUUUCUCUCAGUGUGGAGUGCCCACGGGCCAGAGACACAAUAGACUGUAAGAGAAGAAGAUGUACUUUCAGAAAGAUAAGGCUGAAGCUUAUUCUUUCAUUGAUACAUAUGGAAACUAAAGAGAUAGCAWAAGUUUCACUGUGACUCCUGUAGCAGUCAUUUUUUUCAUCAUGAGUUUAAAAAAGAUACUGAAACACAUUGAUCUUAGCUUUUGUACUGUACUGGAUCUUUUAAGGUGGCAGGAUAUGUGCUCCUAAAGAAAUCAGCUUUUCCUGCAAGUGUUCCUACRAGAUUCAUGACUCAAACUAGUGUGCUUCUUUUCCUAGUAGAGCUGCCUUGAGAAAUGGUAACAGAAUGCAUUGAUUUGAAAAACAGUGUGAUCUUUUAUUUUUCUCUCAACUGAAAGCAAACUUAAUCCUUCUUUAAGGAGAGAAUUAGAACUUCAACAGGUUACAUUAUGAAUAUAUAAAAAAGAGUAGUUUUCUGACUUUUUCUCUUAGAGAGGCUUCAAACAAUUUCUGAGUGGUGUGAGUGACUACAAGUAUAAGCUCAGUCUACGCUGUUUUAAAUAUGAACAAGGCCAUUUGUGCAACAUUGAUAUGUACGGUAGGUGACUAAAGUGCUCUAUCACAUGAAGACUAAGACUUUCAUAAUAGAGAGAAAUAGCACAAUUUAAUCUGCCUUAUGCUGCCAUACUUGCAUCAGAAUUACUGGGUCCURCUAUGAGUAAGAUGUUUCAGCAGACCUCUUUAUCACUUUUUUUGUAACAAAGUGGUARCUGAAGACAUGAGAUGGGGAGAUGGGUACAGACAUCCACACACACACACACACACAUAUACAUGGUUCAGUGAAAAGAGGCAAAGACAUCAAUAUUCAAAACUUUUAUAUUCAGGGGGGUUUCAUUGUGGUUUUUUUUUGUGGAGUUUUCUUUCCCAGCAAGCUCGGUAGACUAUCUACCCCAGCAAGUUUUAAUCUUGAGACUAUAAAUCCCRUAUGUGCUAAGACACUGAUUUUGAGGACUUUAUAUGCACACAAAUUCUUCUGUUUCUCUGAUUUUUACUAAGCCUACAGGAAAAUAUUUUGUUUGCUUAUUAUGACACAAAAUAUUGGCUGAUUCCAGCACUCGGAACACAGAAGGCCUAUGUAAUGGGUGGGAAAAUGUCUUUAAAAAUGUAACCCAAAGUUUUCAUUUUUUUAUUUCUCUGCUUAACAAGUGUUAGAAUAUGUCUUUCACAUCUCUGCUUCUUUUUUUUUUCAGAAAGUAAUCUGUCUUGUUAUAGUUCUGUGUGUCCAUAAAAUUUUUGYCUCCUACCUUUUAAAAGUCUCUGUAUAUCAAUUUCUUUAAUUGCUUGAAAGUAUAACCAAAUGGCACUGUAAGAUCAAAACUGAUUUAGUAACUUUGUGCUGUACUCAUUUCAAAACCCAGUGAUGGUAACAGUACCAGUGAGCCUUUACAAUGCACGUGGCUAAGCUGCUAUAAAGGCACCAGAGCUGAUCUUCCUAAAUAGAUUUUAAAAUGACAUUGAGAUAUUUUAAGCAGAGAUUAUUUAAUUUUUUUCCCUGUGAGUUUUACAGUUAGGUAAUUCAGGAGCUGAUUUGUUACACCAGAUAGCAUGGGUACAUCUUUUCUCUUGGCCUUCAGAAGUCUGAUGAGCACUGGAAGCAGGAUGUCUCCUGAGUAUUAGAGAGGUAAUCUGAAGCAGCUCUUCUCUUUCAAGGACAUCCUGUUCAAUCCAUUAUCUCCUGUCUGUGUGCAUAGUCUAUCAAAAUACAGUGACUGAAUCAAAAUCUUAUUUCAAAUAAGAAUGCAUUGGUUUAAUAAAAGAUUUGUACCGCAUGGUGUAAUAGUUUUCUAAAUGAACACUCAAAUCCUAAAAUACAAAACUUUUCAGAAUGGGUUUGCUUUAGCAAACCCAGUUUGGUCUAUGUAUUAAAGUAUUCUGAACUCUCUGAGUACUAAUUGGCACUUAUUAUUUAAGUAACCUGCUUUUACUAUUAUAAAUGUCUGGCAUUGAGAAUACAUAUUAAGAAUACUUGACAAUUUACUAAUUUAUGAUCUUUUUACUUGUAUUUUAAUAUUUCUGGCAAGCCAGCCUGUGUUGAUGUAUUAGACAAACAUUCAAAGUACAGACUUGAAAUCUUGAAAGCUUCUUUUUUUCAACUUUCAUCUGAACACCGAAUAUUUUUGACCUAUUUUACAUUUUAAUUUUAUAAAACAGACUGGGUACCUGUGAAUUGAACUCAUAUGUUACAUGAAAGUGCCCUUUUACUGAUGAUUCACUGCUCACACUUUCUUGGAUUUGACUUCUGUUGGAUUAAUUCAUGACUAGGAUUUGCCUGUGAUUUCUUCCUUUUCUCAUUUUUAGAUCACUGCCUGUUUUUUUCCCUACAUUUCCAAACAGUCUGGUUGUUCUGAGGAUCUUCUCACAGGAUAUGUCACUGGCCUUAGGUCUCCUUACCAUUGCCUUGACUCUCCAUUUCACUUGCAAUGUUUCAAAAACCUUUGUUAGAUAUGCCUGCUCAUCCUCCACCUCCUAUUAUAUGUGUAUUUUGUGACUGCAUCAAUCCUAAGUCAUUUCAAAAUACUGUUUGCAUGAUUUAACACGGUUGAUAAGACUUACUGUCCAUAGUACAACAGGAUAUACACAAAAYAGGUCCGAUUUCACAUUUGCUUUUAGCAGCUUUCAGAAGUUCUUCUCUGAAUUAUAAGGAUACCCAAUUCAGAAAAAAAUAAUGGUUCAUAACAAAACCAUAAGCUGAACUAAAUGCCAUGAACAAAUUGACAGCUGCCCUGAUCUAGAAACCUGUUAGGGCACAUGUUCAAGUCAGGAGGCAUUGGUUAGGAUCAYACCACCCUUUCCUGGGAAAGUUCAAGCAUAUCCAUUAGAUUUCUUGUGCCUUUAUUUCCAUACUUGUAUGUUUUCUCACCCUUGUAAAGGUGUUGGCAAAGGGAUGUUAUGUUGUAGUCAUACAACCUGCAAUAACAAAAAGUUUAGACUGAGUGAGCAGCACACAUGAGUGUGAAAGUAAUGUUGUAGUGGGAACCAGAAUGAAUGUGAUCACAGACAGAAAUUUGCAUGAGCACAAUCUGGAAAGCUUUUCUCCCCGCACACUGCCUGCAGCAGUCUCAGAUCACAUAAGUCUAUAAUACAUCUAGUAACAUUAAUGAUACAUUUUACAGAAUGAUUCAUCCCCGAUGAUCCUGAAGUGCUUUACAUGUCCAUCACAUAAAAUUUUCUUGGGCCAUCACUGGGACAGCCGUACACAUGCUAGGGCCUCACUCUCCACAGCGAGAGUAUAGCAGGUCUCAGGUUAUGCUGCUGCAAGAAGAACUCCYCCACUCUCCAGUCCCCAAGGAGGGGUAUUUGCUUUGGCAGAAGAGCAGUUUUCAACCUCACGGGCACAUGACCUGGCAGCUAGCAUUACUAAUUUCUGUUAUUCAUGAAAAGACUUGUUCUAUUUUAGAUUUUUCCAUGAUAGAGGGGAAAAAUCCCUCUUCUGUUCUCUGUCUCUAUUGUCUUUCUGAAACUCCUGCUAUCAGCAGCUGUUGACAGUACUGUCUUACCAUAACAUCCUUCAUACAYCACGUAAUUGCCAUACCCUCCCUUUACAAGCAAGACAUCAUUUGUCUGAGAUAGAAGUUGUGCCAUUACAUUAGGGGUGCAAGCUCAUGCAAGCAUUGCUUCCCCUUCACUGAUUCUCAUAAGUUUGUUGGUAGCUGCCUUGACAUUAGUUUAUUUUGUUGCUUAUAAAAGACCAGGGGCCCAGAAGGAAGAAAUGUAUUUCUCAGAUCUAAGAGUUGCUUCAUUGCAACAAAGUUCAGUCCUGCUCCCACACAGACCUAACYGUUCUGCAGCAAGACCCAAAUACAUGCAAAUAUAGAGCCUUUUGUAACUGAGCCAAAUUACCAGAGCUCUAGAGUUGGAUCUGUUAAGGUUCAAAGCAGGAGGUGUUAAAAGAUAUGAAAUAAUAGGAAACACAGACAAGAAGUUAUUGCCAAAGGAAUGGCAUUACUAGGAACUGGUGGGGAAGUCAAACUAAAAACAGGUCUAGGGACCUAAGGGGUUUAUUCUUUAUUUAUGGAAUGUCUUUGAAGGAAAGGACCCUGGACUGCCUUCUCACUACUAGCAGUUCUAACUAUAAAAGAUUAAUGAAUGAAAAACAAAGAGGAAUAAAUAGAGUUGCCAGGAAAGAGAUCCAGAAGUGAACUUUAAAAGGCAUCUCUCAUCCCUUCAAYGAAGUACAAAAUGGUAAAUGCUUCAAUUACUGUAAGAGCUUGCGUUGGUCUGGGUCUGAAGGUGAGGAUGUCUGAAAUGAGGGUAAUAUGCAAGAGAAGUCACCGGUUGUGUGCCAUCCUGCUGUUAAGGGACUUUUCUCCUGGAUACUGCCACAAGAAAUGUGGUUAAUAGGCCUUGACUGGAAAGCUAUAGCCCAUAAAUGUGCUUUUCAUCUGUACUCCUCCUUGAUCAAGGUGCUGCAGUGUACCGAGAUGUUGAUUCAGGACUCAUCUUCAUUGUUAUGGAUCUUGUUUAAAACUAUUUAAAUGCUGAAAUUCUGAGUAUUAUUUCAUACUGCAGCUCAGAUUAGGCAAGCCAAAUGUGAUUCUCUUUAUGCUACAGUCCCCAGUGCAGACAAAAAGCUUUCUCAGGUUGAGAUCCUGCCACUCWUGUAAUUAUUUAGAGAAAGACAGCUCCACUGCUUCAACUCCAGUACUUCACAAGAGGAAUGGAAACAUUAGGAAAAGUUUUUUUUUUUUUCUUUGAUGUAGAAUAUGCUGCCACUUUUUUGUUAUUAAAAUAGGAGCUAACUUUAAAUAAAUAAAAUUUWGC